CGACAUCGCCUUUUUUUGCUUUCUUCGUUUGAUUUGCGCAGUCUCUUGUUCUUCAGCCCUUCUUUCGCUGGUCAUUUCCUUCUCCUCCUCCUCUUCUCUUUUGAUACCAAUCGCAACGAUCUCGGCAAAAGCACACCUCUCGACAAGCUCCCCUCUUCCACUGGUCGCAUAGCAGAAACAGACUCCAUCACCGCCGAACUAGAAGUCAAACGUUACGCAGAAGAAAAAAAGAAAGCACAUCAAACCCAAUAAUCACUACUCGAUCCAUCGUCACCAAGCACAUGGAUUCUGAAUCCGUCGUCUCGCAGGUCCAGCGCAAGAUUGAGCUGCAAAGCCACGACGAUCUCGCCUACCUCAUCACAAACGUGCGCAACGCGGCAAUCGAGCACCUCAAUGAAGCGUUUCCGCCGGUAGAGGGCGAUGACGGGGAGGAUGAGCUGCGCAAUCAGAUUGAGUCGCUGGUGAAUGAGUACAUCAACAAAACCUUUUCCCUCGCCGCUCCCAACCUCACCAUCAACGGCCUCCCCGUCGCGCCCGAGUCCUUCGUCGGCACCGCUGCGCCCGCGCCAAACACCGUCUACGAGCCCUUUGACGCCCGCAAGCGCCGCCAGGUCGCCGACCUCAUCACGCAGGAAGAGAAGCUGCUCGAGGACGUCGCCGCGCUCAAGCGCUCCGUGCCCGCCAAGGUGGCCGCCGACCACGCCGAGCGCAUCCGCGCGGCCAUGCGGCAGGACGAGGACGAUCUCCGCGAGCGGGUCGCCAAGGCCGCUUCGGCGGCGGCGGCGGAGGCGGACGCUGACGAGGCCGGGACGACGACGACGACAACUGAAGCUAGAAAAGGUCCACCACUGGCUACGCGGCUGCAGAGGCAGGAGGGCGUUGAGGGGAGUUACAAGACCGCGGUUCAGGGGCUGAACCGGCUCAAGAGGGACAUGCCAGCCGUCGUGGCCAAGAUGGAGAGGGCUAGAGUGGCGGGCGAAUACGUCGUGUCAAAAGGGCGGUGAUGAAGGACAACCAAGAAAAAAAAAAAUUGGGCGGUGUUAUUUUUCUUUUUGUGACGAAGAGGCGCAUUAUGCAGAUGCAGCAGCGCUCUUUUGGGGAAACCCCUCGUAUCGGUGGUGCUGCCGUCCCCUCCCCAUGUGGUACAGUUCUGGUGUUUGAUUCGGGCAUUUUUUUUGUUGCUUAGCUCCCGGUACCAAUAUUGUGGGAUUUCUACCGGGGGAGGGGGGGCGCUGUUCUUUUUGGGGUUUGUUGGCAUUCAGGCGUCAAGGGGGCAUGGCGAUCAAGUUUACGACUGCGGAGUAUUACCACGAUGUACAUUUUGGGCAUCCAUGUUUGUUUGGUUUCUCUAUUCAUUUAUUUCUUGGUUGCAUAUGUUGGAGAGUUAUAGAAUAUCUUUGUGUUCUCUCAUUGUUACUCCAGUAGUAGCAGCAGCAGUAGCCCAUGCUAUAACUAAAGUGCUAUAUGAUAAAACUAGGAUACUACCUUGG